AUGUCCAAGACGAUCUUUAUUACUGGCAUGUCUUCUGGUAUAGGUCUCGCCACCGCCAAGUUGUUUUACGCAAAAGGCUGGAAUGUCAUGGACGUCACAGACUCGAGAUCCAUUGGCACCGCCAUCGAAGCAGCCAUUAGGAAAUUCUCGAAGGUAGACUUAUUGGUAAACUCUGCUGGAUAUGGUCAAAACGGGAUUUUCGAGAUGGUUUCUCCUGAGCAGACGAGGAGGCAAUUCGACGUCAAUGUAUUCGGUGUGAUGGACGUAAUCCGAGCCUUCUUACCUCACUUACGCAUUGAGGGAGGUGGAAUAAUUAACAUUAGCUCUGGUGCUGGCGUAUUCACUCUCCCAAUGCUCUCCUUGUACCGUUCCUCCAAGUUUGCGCUGGAAGGCUUUACCGAGGCACUUGCAUACGAGCUCGCGUCCCAGAAUAUCUUCGUGAAGAGUGUCAUACCCCACGGGGAUGCUCCAUCAUACGCAGACUACGCAAUGAAGACUAUGAAAGCCUAUGAGAGGAUGUCUGCGGCUAGGACGAUAUCAUCGGAUAAUGUUGCAGACGUGAUUUAUGCUGCUGCAACAGACGGGACAGAUAAGUUGCGCUAUUUUGUCGGGAACGACACGAGGGGUUUCAUCAAGGCACGGUAUAAGUCGACAAGCGAUGACGACUAUGUGCAGCACAUGAGAUCCUUCUUUGCGUAACACCCAUGGUCACCCCAUCUUUGUACGCUCUGCCUAUUCCGAAGCCUCAAGGUUUCGCUUCGCGGAGGAUCGGACCGUGAUGAGUGUAACUUAGGCUGAGAUGUCUUUACGUCGACUUCCUUCAUCUAAUUUUCAAAUCGUAUGGUUGAUCGUCUAUUCUACAGCAUUGUCUGAUUAUUUUAGUGCCUAUCAAACGACCCGACCUCAUCCUCAAUUCUCCACUGCCCUACCUCUCUCAUCGCCUCUGCAUCUCCACUUUCCAACUCUGGUUUGCUAAGAAUAUCGGCAACCAUCUUCCACGGAUCUCUCCCUCCUCCGU